UGGCCUGAGAAGCGGGGUGAGGCUUGGAGCCUAGCCACCGAGCCAUUAUUUCCAGGACCGUCACCGGUGCCACCCACUGAGCCCUGGCGCUGCCACUCGAUGCCCCUGUCAAAUAUUAAUGCGAUUCUCGGCACGCUCUCUGCCCUGACCCGGCACAGCAGCCGUGGCCCCCGCCUGCUCCAGGGCUGCCCAACCCCUCCGGCAUCCACUCCCGCCCCACAGCGUGCGUCGCUCCCGGCGCUGGGACUUUGGGGGUGCUGCUGCAGCCACCUGGGGCCCGUACAAGGCAGGAGCCGUCCCCUGCACUCGGUGGGGUGCUCCCGGGUUCCCAGUGGCCAGCUCAGGCCCCCGCGCAGGGGGAAGCCUGCGCCUCUGCCCUCGGCAGCCGCCCGUCCCGGCGGGGGAUGGAGCCCGGCAGCUCGUUGCCGGUGAAGCUGAAGCUCCGCAAGCCCCCGCAGCGGGCCAGGAUCCCGGCGCGCUUCUUCGCCCACCCGGGCGGGGGGGCCGAGGCGGCGGACCUCGCCGAGCCAGACCCCGCGGAGGUGGACGCGGAGUCCCUGGUGCCCACGCACGACGAGCGGGGCCGCCCCAUCCCCGAGUGGAAGCGGCAGGUGAUGGUGCGGCGGCUGCGGGCCCGGCUGGCGGACGAGGAGGCGGCAGGCGGGCAGGACGCGGGCUCGUGGCGCUUCUCGCCGUCCCGCCAGGCCGUGCUGGGCCCCUUCGGGGAGCUGCUGACCGAGGCGGACCUGCAGCAGCUGGAGUGGGCGGUGGAGAGCCUGCGGCUGCGGCGGCGGGGCGAGGCGUACCAGGGCGAGCUGCGGCGGCUGGUGCGGGAGCUGCGCGCCCUCCUGCCCGCGCCGCUGCUCAGCAUCAAGGUGCGCAGCCCCCCGCCCGGUCCCGGGCAGCCUCUGCCGCUCUGGUGCGGCCGCCUGGCCGGCGCCGUCAGCAGCCUGGCCGCGCUGCUGGCCCAGGCCGACGGGGCGCGGGCCGCCCUGCCCUCCGCUCCCGCCGCCGCUCCCGCCGCCGUGCGCGGGCAGCCCCGGGAGCCGGCGGGCAGCCUGGCGCAGCGGGAGAUCCGUCAGUGCGGGGUCUGCGUCCGCAGCCUCCGCGGCGCCUUCGAGCCCGCCUUCGGGGCGGAGGAGGGGAAGGCGGCCGCGGGCAGCGGCGCGGAGGCCGCCAGCGACUCGGGCAUCAGCUGCGAGGAGGUGUUUUCCGACGGCGGCGGCGGCGGCGGCUCGCCGUGGUCGGGUCCGGAGUGGGGCAGCCUGAGGAAGGAGCGGAUCGUGAUGCUGUUCCUGAGCCACUGGAGACGGUCCGCCUACGCCCCCCCGCCGCCGGCCGGCGGGGACCCGCGGGAGCCGGCGGGGAGCGGCGCCGGAGGGGCGGCUCGGCUGGCGCGGCAGCGAGCGGCCAUCCAGCGGCUUCUGGGCGGC